CCUAAAGUUAUUUUUAAUAUUUCUAAAACUAGUAAAAUAAAUAUCCGCUUUAAUAAUAACGAGCCCGUAAAGUCGUUAGGAUCUAUAGUCGUUAAUACCCUAUUUAGUAAUAUUACUUUUUACCUUUUACUAACUAAUACUUCUUUUUUAUAUUAUUUAAAGGAUAUAGAUAAACUAGGAGUAUACUUUAAUAAUAUUAAUAACCUAUUAGUUAAAAGAGACGUUAUAGUAUUUAUUAUUCGUAAAUAG